AUGGCCACCGCCCAGGGACAGGACAUCAUUUGCUGUAAGUUUUGUCCAAACCCUGUAGAACAUCACUGCAAUCUUUGUCAUAUGGACCUCUGUCCGUCCUGCAUACCAAAACACAUGGAUGACAAUUCAAGGGAACAUGAAGUUGUCGGAUACACUUCCAGAAAAAAAGACACUAUUGUUCUCCCAAAAUGCAAUGCUCAUGAAAAGAAACAAUGUGAAAUGUACUGUAAAGAUUGUAAAACACCAAUGUGUGUUCAAUGCCUGAUGGAUUCACAUAAAAAGCAUGAGUUUACUGAUAUCAAAAUUAUUCUUCAAGAUCAUAAACAAAAACUUUUAUCAGACACAGAAGAGUUGGAAAAUACAAUUGUUCCAAAAUACAGAAACAUCAGUCUAGGUACAACUGCUGAGUUUGACAAAGUUCUCUCCACCAUUAAAGAACAAGAAGAUAAAAUCUGCAAAGCUGUACAUGAAAAAAGCAUUCAACUCACAGAAGAAGUAAGCAGUCGAAAGAAAAAAGCUAUAAGAAAGAACAAGGAAAGCCAGUCUUUAGCAGAAAAAGCUGAAAAAGAAGUCAACCAAAUUGUUACCAAAAAUAAAGAUAUUCUAAAUGAUAAUGAUGCCACAGCCAUACUUAAAUACCAAUCAAGAAAUGGGGAUUUCAGAAAGGGCCCACAUUUACAAAGUUUUUCUUGUCCAAUGUUACUUCCUGGUAUUAUUAAAGAAAACCAUAUUACAGAAAUGUUUGGUUUUCUUCAGACUAGGGACGAACUGCAGGAAAAACCAAGAAUGCUGAAAAUGAUUGAUGUCCCUUUGGUACUAGGCACCAUACAAAGUCCUUAUGGAAACCAUGAGGAAUUUGGUAUUGAGCAUCAGCUACGGAAUGUUCAGUGUGUUGGGAGGGAUAAGAUCUUGACCAGUGGAGGUGACAAAACAAUAAAAGAGAUAGACAGGACUGGAUCCAUAUUAAGAACAAUUCAUACAAAUGCUAUUGUGUGGGCAUUAACGAUUAACUCACAAAUGGAACCAGUGCAUUCCAUAAGUUAUGCUCAUAAACAAAAUGCAGACAUUUAUGUUUAUAAUAAGAAGGCAGUGAAUGUAUUAUUCAGCAUACUCAAUUGGUUUCCUGUCGGUCUUUGUUACACAGAUAAUGGAGAUCUGCUGGUGAGUAUGCGAUCUAUGGAUAAAACACAGAGUAAAGUUGUUAGAUACUCAGGGACCACAGAGAUUCGAAAGAUUCAGUAUGACAGUCAGGGCCAACCUCUGUUUUCUACUGGUGAUACAAAUGUGCUUCUCCUGACUGAGAAUGGCAAUGGUGACAUCUGUGUUUCAGACAAUAAAGGGAAGGCAGUUGUUGUGAUGAAUUCUUCUGGGGGAUUAAGAUUCAAGUAUAAAGGCAAUCUCUUUAACCAAUCAAAGUACAGAGAGUUUGAACCAUGUAAUAUCUCUACUGAUGUCAAUACUCAAAUACUUAUCAGUGAUCUCUCAAACAACGUGGUCCACAUCAUAGACUGUAAUGGUAACUUUGUCCGUUAUAUAGAGAAUCUAUGUAACGGAAGACUCAGUAUUAGUAUUGAUGAAGAUCACAAUCUUCUCAUUGGAGAAAGCAAAAGUGGAAAAAUUCAGAUUAUCAAAUAUCUAGAGUGA